GGAAGAUUGAGAAUUAUAUGAGGUCUUAUUAGGAGAGUCUGGAGGAGUACGUUUAGGAGUAAGGCUGCUGGACAGAAGACUGUUAUUGUUUUCAGAUACACUUUGAUCUCAAUAACAAGCUGUCAAUAUGCCCACUGAUGCCCAGAAUGACGCCCGCUCUUUCCUGAGUGAGGACAUGAUUGCUGAGUUCAAGGCUGCCUUCGACAUGUUCGACACCGACGGUGGAGGUGAUAUCAGCACCAAGGAGUUGGGUACCGUCAUGAGGAUGCUGGGUCAGAAUCCAUCCAGAGAGGAACUGGAUGCCAUCAUUGAAGAAGUAGAUGAAGAUGGCAGUGGCACUAUUGACUUUGAGGAGUUCUUGGUCAUGAUGGUGCAGCAGCUAAAAGAAGACCAAGCUGGCAAGAGUGAGGAGGAACUAUCUGAAUGCUUCCGUGUCUUUGACAAGAACCAAGAUGGUUUCAUCGAUCGUGAUGAGUUUGCUGAUAUCUUGCGUGCAACUGGCGAGCCGGUGGCAGAUGAAGACAUAAAUGAACUCAUGGCAGAUGCAGAUACAAACAAAGAUGGGAAGAUUGAUUUUGAUGAGUUUCUUAAAAUGAUGGAGAAUGUCCAGUAAGAAAAAAUUACAUCCCAUCUCCUCCAACUCCUAAUGACAGCAGUCAAGAUUCCCAAGAACAACCCCCUGAGAUGUUUAAAGGAAAAGAGGACUGAGGAAACACAACAUCACCCGGGUUCAAAUAACACACUAACAAUAAAGAUGGGCUGGAAUUCACUUUGAGGAACAGAGAAUAUUUUAGAUCAGUGCCGUCUUGUUGGAAGUGUUUCUUGUGGGACCGCACUGUGAUGGUAUCUAUAAAUAACCCUUCAAACCUUUUAAGAGGAAACCACUUACGCCUCUCCCCUCAGCUGUCUCCUACUACACCUGCUUAUUCCCAAGACAUUCAGCAACCUUCCUUCAACCCCCUUCCCCUCUCCCUCACCCUUUACAGUGAUUCAAAAUAGCCCUGCUACAGCAUUAGCCUCGGAAAAAGACUUAAUGUUGUCAUGGCGAUAAGGAAUCUCUUAGCUCACAUGUUAGCGGUGUCUGCAAAUCUAUUAAAAAGGCACAUUUUGGCCAA